UUUCGGUUAUUACACUUCCGCUGAAGCGCCAUUUCCUGGGAUUUCAAAGAUAGUUUACAAGAAACUAAGGCCUAGUUACCGAGUAUUUAACAUAAGAGUGCAGAUUGUGUAUAGAUCACAAUGAUUGAGAGUGUGCAGGUACGUCAGAGAGGGGCGUAUGACUUUGAAACACACUACGAUAAUUUAUGUGCUCUACAAGAUUCAUGUCCAUUGCCAGCAGUGAAAGCUCACCUUUCACAAGGUGUGUUAGAUCUAAAUGGAGAUAGAAUCAGAGCAAAUGACUGGAUGCCAGUAUUAAACACAUUAAGAAUCAACAAAAGUCUGGAGUUUGUAGCCAUAAGAAGUUAUUAUACACCUCCUUCGGAUGAAAAUGAGAAGAGAGCAUUGAUAGAGAAGCGUAAAACACCAUCGGUGAGAUCUAAGGAGAUCACGUAUAGAAUGUGUAAAGCCUUAAAGGAGUGUCUAGGUGUGACACCAAAUCUAACAUGUCUGGAGCUGCAGGGUUUACCACUAAGAGAGAGGGACCUGACAACACUAAUGAAGGGAUUGGUGAAGAACAGCACAAUGAAUCAUCUGUCUUUAGAAUAUUGCAGAAUAGGUGACGCAGGACUAGACAUUGUAUGCAAGGGCAUCAAGAAUUCCACCUCUAUCAACUCAGUUAAUUUCACUGGGUGUAGUUUGACAUCAAAAGGUGCUGACUCCCUGGCUAAAGUUAUCAAG